AAUAUCAAACAGAUGAUUAAAUUAACACAAGAACAUAUAGAGGCACUGCUAGACAAAUUUGGAGGAGAGCAUAACCCACCAUCGAUAUAUUUAGAGGCCUAUGAGGAGUACACCAGCAAACUAGAUGCUCUACAGCAGAGAGAACAGCAGUUAUUGGAAUCCAUGGGGAACGGAACUGAUUUCUCUGUCUCCAGUUCUGCUUCAACAGACACAGUUGCAUCAUCUUCUUCCUCUAGCCUCUCUGUAGCACCUUCAUCCCUGUCGGUUUAUCAAAACCCUGCUGAUAUGUCACGGAAUAACCCUAAGUCUCCACAGAAGCCUAUUGUUAGAGUCUUCCUGCCCAACAAGCAAAGGACUGUGGUUCCAGCAAGAUGUGGAGUUACAGUCCGAGACAGCCUAAAGAAAGCUCUGAUGAUGAGAGGUCUUAUUCCAGAAUGCUGUGCUGUUUACAGAAUACAAGAUGGGGAGAAGAAGCCAAUUGGCUGGGACACUGACAUUUCCUGGCUCACAGGAGAGGAGUUGCAUGUGGAGGUCUUGGAGAAUGUGCCACUCACGACACACAAUUUUGUACGAAAAACAUUCUUCACGUUAGCAUUCUGCGAUUUUUGUCGAAAGCUGCUUUUCCAGGGAUUCCGGUGCCAGACAUGUGGCUACAAAUUUCACCAGCGCUGUAGUACAGAAGUGCCACUGAUGUGUGUUAAUUAUGACCAACUUGAUUUGCUGUUUGUCUCCAAGUUCUUUGAACAUCACCCCAUACCACAGGAGGAGGCCUCCUUAGGAGAGACAACCCCAGCGUCUGGAUCGUACCCCUCAGUGCCCCCCUCGGAUUCUGUUGGACCACCAAUUCUCCCUAGUCCUUCUCCUUCAAAAUCCAUUCCAAUCCCACAGCCCCUCCGACCAGCAGAUGAAGACCAUCGGAAUCAAUUUGGGCAACGCGACCGAUCCUCUUCAGCUCCCAAUGUUCACAUCAAUACAAUCGAGCCAGUCAAUAUUGAUGACUUGAUUAGAGACCAGGGUUUACGAGGAGAGGGAGGUUCAACUGCAGGUUUGUCUGCAACACCUCCUGCCUCUUUGCCUGGGUCACUCACCAAUGUGAAAGCAUUACAGAAAUCACCAGGGCCCCAGCGGGAAAGGAAAUCAUCUUCAUCCUCAGAAGACAGAAAUAGAAUGAAAACCCUUGGUCGACGGGAUUCAAGUGAUGAUUGGGAGAUACCAGAUGGACAGAUCACAGUUGGACAAAGGAUAGGAUCUGGAUCAUUUGGAACAGUCUACAAAGGAAAGUGGCAUGGUGAUGUGGCAGUGAAAAUGUUGAAUGUUACGGCGCCCACACCUCAGCAGUUACAGGCUUUCAAAAAUGAAGUAGGAGUGCUCAGGAAAACGCGACAUGUGAAUAUCCUGCUUUUCAUGGGUUAUUCAACAAAACCCCAGUUGGCUAUUGUUACGCAAUGGUGUGAGGGGUCCAGCUUAUAUCACCAUCUACACAUUAUUGAGACCAAAUUUGAAAUGAUCAAACUAAUUGAUAUUGCACGACAGACUGCACAAGGCAUGGAUUAUUUGCAUGCCAAGUCAAUCAUCCACAGAGACCUCAAGAGUAAUAAUAUUUUUCUUCAUGAAGACCUCACAGUAAAAAUAGGUGAUUUUGGCCUAGCUACAGUGAAAUCACGAUGGAGCGGAUCCCAUCAGUUUGAACAGUUGUCUGGAUCUAUUCUAUGGAUGGCACCAGAAGUUAUUAGGAUGCAGGAUAAAAACCCAUAUAGCUUUCAGUCGGAUGUGUAUGCGUUUGGGAUUGUUCUUUAUGAAUUGAUGACUGGACAGUUGCCAUACUUAAACAUCAACAACAGGGACCAGAUAAUUUUUAUGGUGGGACGAGGAUACCUAUCUCCAGACCUCAGCAAAGUACGGAGCAACUGUCCAAAAGCUAUGAAGAGAUUAAUGGCAGAAUGCUUAAAAAAGAAAAGAGAUGAGAGACCCCUUUUUCCACAGAUUCUUGCCUCCAUUGAGCUUCUGGCCCGGUCAUUGCCAAAAAUUCACCGCAGUGCAUCUGAGCCCUCAUUAAACCGGGCUGGUUUCCAGACAGAGGAUUUUAGUCUAUAUGCUUGUGCUUCUCCAAAAACGCCCAUCCAAGCAGGGGGAUACGGAGAAUUUGCAGCGUUCAAGUAGCCACAGCACCAUGGCAGCACCCACUCUGUUAUUUAAGUCUUGUGUUCCUACAGUUUCUUAACAUCAAAACUCUGUUCUGCUCCGCAAAACCUAAAGUAAUUUAGAAAAGAUAUCCAUAAGCUUAAAAGUGGAGCAGAAUGGAACUGCCAGUCCAACACAAUGGGAAAAAGUACCUUUUUGGGAACCAGAAUCCUCUGCUGCCAGUGUUUCUCCUUCAACACAAACCACCACGUGCAUUCGGAGACCCGCAGUGGCUGCCUGUGCCGUUGGCAUCAUUCCCAGGAGAGAGGAGAGGGCACUCGUGGUUUGACUGGUGCUCGGGCAUGAGGGGAUGGAACUGCUGCUGCAACUUAGGAGACUUGCUUUGGAUGGUCUGCCGGUUGGCUUUCUCCCUCUAACAACGUACCAUCAGAGGCUGAAAAUCUGAUGAGUGCUAAUUUAAAAGAAUCAUCCUCUGUUCUGAUCUUUUUUUUCCUGGUGUACUCGCUGAUUUAUGGACGAUGCAGUAUCCCCUUUUCACUGUUACGAUGUCAGACACCUAAAUCUGUCUAUGUUAUUGGAUUUUAUUUCAGUAAAUUUAAAAGCGUGGGGUGAUGGGUGCUGGAGAAGAUGUUACUCUAAAGGCGAAGAGGUUAAUCUGAAGGAAAAGGGGAUGCUGCUGCACCUUUUUUCAGACUUACU